AUGAGAGAGGGAGCCGUGCGGGAAGGCGAUGGUUACCAGACGAUAGCACGACGGUAUUCAUUUCGUGCACAUGUAGCUCACUCAAGGUCCCUCUCACCACAUCUCCAAUCAAAUGCAAUAGCGAUGGCGCCGUCGAACGAUUCAUCGAUAGUAAAUCGUUUUCCAUCGAUUGAUCUCUCUAUUAGACCUUCCCUGCAUCAAAUACUCGAGCAACCGGAGCAGUUCUUUCACAUCAGUCAGCAGUCGGCCAAGAUGAGCGUUGAUCACAAUCGACGCACACGUCUUUCGAAUGAGCUGAAACGGCGAGCAGAUAUUGAGCGUUAUCGUGAAAGUGUUAUGAAACCAGCUAGUUUGCGCCAGGUUGGUACCAAAGCUAUUUCGCAGGACAAUGUCGAUAUAGAACAAGUGACUCUUACAAUGGAAGUGACUUAUAGCGACUAUGAAGAAAUGUGUUAUAGCUGGAGAAAGAUUAAGGAGGAUCUUGGAGAGGAGUUCUAA